AGAAGCCGCGCUUUGUGUUAUGGUUGCCUUGCUGCCGUCGUCGACGUUUUCCUCCUCCUGCUAUUACAGCUUCGAAUCAGGUCGUCGUUAACCAUGGUUGCAGCCAAGAAGACCAAGAAGACUCAUGAGAGUAUUAACAAUAGGCUAGCUCUGGUCAUGAAGAGCGGCAAGUACACACUGGGAUACAAGACCGUUCUCAAGUCCCUCAGAAGUUCCAAAGGGAAAUUGAUUAUCAUUUCCAACAACUGCCCUCCCCUCAGGAAGUCUGAGAUAGAGUACUAUGCUAUGUUGGCAAAGGUUGGAGUUCACCACUACAAUGGAAACAACGUGGAUUUGGGGACUGCAUGUGGUAAAUAUUUCAGAGUGUGCUGCCUCAGCAUUAUUGACCCGGGUGAUUCGGAUAUUAUUAAGAGCAUGGCCAACGACCAGUAGAUAGCAAUAGAUGUCUGAUGGUUGGUUGCAGUGGUUAUUUUGAAUUUCACCGGAAAACAGUGUUAUUUUACUUAUUUUUAAUUUAUUAAUGGGUCACAGAAGAAGAGCUCCAUUGUAGAUGAUGAGAUGAGAAUCUACAUUGUUGUUUCUUAGACAGUUUUGGUUGCGUUGAACGUUAAAAUGACAUUGCUGGAUGCCUGAAUGAAUUUUGAAACAGUUGUAUUCA